AAAGGGUACCUUAGCUUCAAACAAAUUUCUACUUGAAAUGGUCAUGGCUCCAAAUGAUUCACCCGUUACAACGUCGAGCAGAUAUACACCUUCGGGAGAACAAACUUGCUGGGAAGAGUAUUUUUUUUUCGCUUCCUCUGAACCAGAUUGUAGAGCGAACCCCACGUAGUAUUCUCUCAAUAUGUACUUCCGUCACUUUUACAACAAUUUCAAGGAGGAGUAUGCCUACCUCCGGGGGGAGGACGAAUUUCUGCCGCCCAUUUUGACAUGCAACCGGCCCAAUAGCAUGGAAAACGACACCAUCGUAAGGCGGAUCCCCCAGAGCAUACUUAAAGGCGUGGAGGAGCACAACGCAGAGUACACGAAGAAAAACAAAAUAGACGUCAAGUUAGCAAAAAUCAGAGAAAUAUUUACAAAUGGACACAAACAUACAUACGAAAUGUUAUCCUGCCAGGAAGACAAACACACCUGGGAAUUCCUACUCUCCUAUUUUAUCCAAACAGGAACAAAAAUUGUAAAUAAUUCGUGGCUUUUUAAUGAAUAUUAUUUUUAUCGUUACCUGACCUGUUCAUACGAUUUUGAAAAAACAAAUUAUGAUUUUUUUGAUUACGAAAAAAAGGACUCCAUAAAGUGCAACAAACAUUUUAUUGAAAAAAUAUGCACAUGUGCGAAGGAGUUACUGGAACUUUACGAUAAGAAUGAAGAGGAAAAGGUGUUUGCCAUUUUUUUUUAUUUCUCCUUAUGGUCUAACCAGUUCGACUUGAGUUGGAACCCCACCAAAAGUAAGGGGGAACAACACAAGGUGGACGAAACGGACAUAAAAAAAAAGACUCUCCAGGAGAAGCAGUUUUACUUCGGCACGGAUGACGUGGAUAAGCUCCACGAUAGCAUGUAUUUGGACAAGGUUCUUUGCAACGACAUGGAGGCCCUACGCAGGGACAUCACCUCGAAGCACUGGCCACGAUUCGACAUCGUCCUCGACAACAUGGGGCUGGAGUUCAUCACGGACCUCUGCCUCCUGCACUUGCUGAGUCGAUACUUCGAUGAAGUGUAUAUUCACGUGAAGAAGUUCCCCCUCUUCGUAUCGGACACCAUGGAAAAGGAUGUCCACUACGCGCUGGAAUCCCUCACUAGCGACGAUAAGUACCCCAACACGGUGUUCAUGGCGACCAAGUGGAAGGAAUUCCUGCAGACCCAGAAGUGGAAGAUACGAGAACAUGUCUACUGGAACCUGCCCCUCCCCUACUGGGUGAUGCCAAAGGACCUCGUGGAAGAAUUAAAAAGAAGCUCCUUCGUUUGUUUCAAGGGGGACGCCAAUUAUCGCAGAUGCUUGGGUGACCUGAGCUUCAACUUCUGGCAUCCCCACAAGGACGUUUUGGGAUAUUUCCCCAUCAGGUUCAUCGCCCUGCGGUGCUUGAAGUCGCCCAUUUGCUGUGGCCUCCAGAGAGACGUCGUGGAGGAGCUCAACAGAAAAUCCCCGGACUGGUGCAACUACGGAGAGUAUGCCAUUCUGCAGUACUGCCAUCCGAAGGACCCCUCCGCGCAAUGA